CGACUUGUAGGAAUAAAGUAGAUAGAAAUCCGAUCAGUUUGGAAGGAAGGAAGAAAGAAAGAAUGGCGACGGAAUCAUCGGAAGGGGAGGAAGAAGGAAAGCUCAUGGGUGGGAACCAGCAGUUGACGAUCGAUGACGAAGACCUCCGUGAAAUGGCCAAGAAGGCCGCCUGGAGUGUCAGCUCUUGCAAGCCUGGCAACGGCGUCACUUCUCUCCGCGACGACAACCUCGAUACCUACUGGCAAUCAGAUGGUGCCCAACCUCACCUUGUAAACAUUCAAUUUCAGAAGAAAGUGAAGCUCCAAUUGGUGGUUCUCUAUGUGGAUUUCAAGCUUGAUGAGAGCUACACGCCUAGUAAGAUCUCUAUCCGUGCUGGUGAUGGCUUCCAAAAUUUGAAGGAGAUAAAAUCUGUGGAACUUGUCAAGCCAACUGGUUGGGUUUACAUAUCAUUAUCUGGAAAUGAUCCUCGGGAAACUUUUGUCAAUACUUUCAUGUUGCAAAUUGCUGUAUUGUCGAAUCAUCUAAAUGGAAGAGAUACCCAUGUGCGGCAGAUAAAAGUUUAUGGGCCUCGACUGAACCCCAUUCCUCGCCAACCCUUUCAGUUCACCUCAAGGGAGUUCAUUACUUACUCAACGGUGAGAUGAGAAUCAUGAUAUCAUGUGUGGUUGAGCGAAGCACUUAUCAUGCUGCUGAAUUUGAUUAUUUGAAGAUAGGGAGGGGAUCCUUGGUGUUGAAUAUUGUUGUUUAGACCAGCGAGAAACUAGAUUUGUUUUUUCUCAAUUUCUUUCUUGUUUUGUGCGUUGUAUGUUGCUUAGCUUAUAAAGGAUUGAUGUUCUGGCAAGUAAACCAAAUUUCAGA